CUAAUAUCUACUCCAUCUUCAUCUCUAUACACUUCAUCUCAGACUAAAACAAGCUAAAAGAUGACAUCAGAGUGGGUCUGCACCUGAUCUGCGAUAAAAGGAGUUUCUCACUUCCCCCUCUUCAUCUUCAUUUUCACCUUCACUUCUGUAUAUUCACUGCACAUAGAUGAAAAUGGCCUCACUCACCCUCCACCACCUCCAACGCAGCCAGUCCGAGCGCAUCCUCUGGCUGCUCGAGGAACUCAACAUCCCCUACAACCUCACCAUCCACAAACGCGAUCCGCUGCUUGCCCCGCCGUCCCUCAAAGCCAUCCACCCCCAAGGCUCUGCCCCCGUCAUCGUCGACGGCGACCUCAUCCUCUCCGAAUCAAUGGCCAUCACAAACUACAUUCUCUCCAAAUACGCACCCAACAACACCCUCACCCCGCCUCCAUCUGAUCCAUCCUACCCCGCUUACCUCUACUGGCUGUACUUCACCCUCUGCACGCUCCAACCAGCCUGCAGCACCGCCAUGUUCGUCUACUUUGACCCCAAUAUUCCCGACGAUGCACCGGGACGAAGCUUCCCCCGGCAACGACUCCAGAAAAACAUCGCCCUAGUCGAGAAGCGACUCGGCGAGAGUCAAUUCCUGGCUGGCGAUAGUUUCACGCUCGCUGACUUGAUGGCGCUGUGGUGUUUCACGACUCAGCGCACAUUCCUCCCCUGGAAUCUGUCGCCGUAUCCGAAUAUCGUGGCGUAUGUGCAGCGAUUGACAGGAAGAGAGGCGUACCAACGCGCGAUGGAUAAGGGCGAUCACGGAUUGCCGAUUUUGAAUGGAUUGGAGCCGGGGGAGAAGAAGGCUGUUUUUUAAUUAUUAUUAUGUCUAUAUAAUUGAAAUGAUUGGACCACGACGGUUUGUGGUGUUUUGCAUGCAGAUAAAUAUAUCAACCAGUUAGACUUAUAAUGCAGGGUGGACAGUUAUCCGCCACGUCAACUGCGGCGCU